AGACAGAUGAGACAGAGGGAGGGCUGUGGGAUGUCAUGUGUAAAGAGGGAGAUUCUCAUUGGAGGCAAAGAGAAAGAAGAUUGCUAUGCAUUGAGGAAUAAAAAAAAAGGAAAACAAAAAGCAUCCUACAUGCUGAAGCCGUCUUGGUCGCACUGCUACAUUCUGGUCUCCAACAUCUGAUUGUUGUUAAGUAGCUUUGGAAAAAGAGCUCUAACAAGACUGGAAUGAUGUCCUCCAAGUUGAAGUGGCUGAUUGUGAUCCAGCUCCUGCUGAAUGAACAGGCUCUGUGCAGGGUCCCUCCUCCUCCUCUGGCGCUUCCAGGAGCCAACUUCAAUGAAGGGGGAGAGGAGACGGCCAAACAGUCUCUCCUGGGAUCACAGCUCCAGCUCGCCAUCCCAUCUGCAGAAAAACCUGAUCCUGUAUCUGUGGUUGCACAAAUAGAGGAGAGAGUUCAAUCUGCCAAAAAUAUGAUAUCAGUCCUCAGGGCGAAGCUUCAGGGGCAGAUUCAAGAUCACCUCCACAUUCAGAGGAACGUCAGCUGUGAGGAGCUGCUGUCUGCCAGCACCGUGGACGACCCAUCGUCCUCCAUGUUCCCCCAGGAGCUCCUGGGUCUCUCUUUAGUGCCCGUGUUGGUAGUGGCGGGCUGCCCACAGGAGGCGCACACCCUGGUGCUCAAGCUGUACGACCUGCUGGGAGUGGCCGACACGGAGGAGCUCCUGAUGGAGGUGGAGGGUCUGAUAGAGAGGAGGAUGAACAAGUCUGCAUCCACGCCUGCACCUGCACCAGCAGCAUCGCCUUCAGAUCAAGCAGGGCGCCACAUUGAGGCUGUGAUGUUUAACAUCCAGCAGCUGGCCACUUUGGGAGCAGGUUCCUAUGAGCAGGAAGGGCAUUGUGAGGGUUGGACCAGAGUGAGUGGAACCACGCUGGUAGGAGCAGCUGUGGAAGGAGCCACGGGUGAUCUACGGGAGGCUUUGAGCACCUGCGAGAGACUGGGCGUCCUGUGUGCUGGUGUGACCAGCAGUGGACUACUCAAACCUGGGGAGUACCAGGCAGUGUACAAGAAAGGCAGUCGCGUCCUGCCCUCUGAAUCCACAGCGUCUGAAUGUUGGAUCCGUCAUUGCAGCGCAGAGGAGGAUGCUUUGACCCCUGCAGCUUCAGGUCAACGGAUGAGGCGAAGCACCCCGAGGAGCUGCAUCAACAAGAGCGAGGAGCGUGUGUACAACGUGGUGGAGUGGAUCCCUGCAGUCAGCACCCUCUACAACCUCGGCACAGCUGUGUAUUACGCCUCAGUGAACUGCUCCCAAACAGCCAAGGAGAGAGCCAUCCUCAGCGUGGUUGACCUCGGCACGGAUGCUCUCAUGGUCGCCACAGGGGGGACUGCCGGGGUGGCAGGCUACGCCCUGGGCGCGGGGAUGAAGACCGGUGUGAAAGCCGGCGUCAAGUAUCUGCUCAACUCUAUGAAGCAGGAAGACGAUGUGCUGGUGAACCAGGUCAACUGGGAGGAGGGCGUCAUCACCAUCCAGUAGACGUGAAGGAUCAUAAACCAGCCUGGGAAGCUUUAGCAAUAAAUAUUCUUAUAAUUAGUUUAAAAAGCAAUGACACAGGAUCAAUGUUUGUUAACUGACAUGUUGGUUUACCAGACUUUAUAUAAUCUAGAUUAUUUGGAAAACAAGAUUACACGUUUGUUACUCAGUGGAUUUAUCAGAACCGCAUUUUGAAAGGGAAAAAAGCUUUUUUGUUUGUUUGUGUGACUGCACACACAAACUUCAUUUACACAGUUUGACACAAUGAUUAUUCUCUAUUGAAGUCAGUGAUUUUUCAACUGGUCUGUAAAUUAUGUAAAUUAGUUUAUCUUUUGAGACAAAGUAACCAAAUGUAAUAAAAAUUCAGUU